AUGAAACAUAAUUUGGUAGAAAACACGCCACACAUCGCAUUUUACCACGGAGGAGCCAAAUUAGAAAUUUCAUAUAACGAAGCCAGAAACUUUUGCACAAGAGCUUCUGAUUGUGGUGCUAUUUAUUCUGGAACACAUUGGGAGUUUGUUGGCAAUGAAAUUAAAAACAAUUACUUUCAUGACUCUGUUGGAUUUGGGAAAGAAAAUUCAUAUAUAAUAGGAUUGUAUUUGGACGACAACUUAAGUCAUCACAAAGUGUACCAAAAUGUCGUUUCCAAUAUAGUUGGGAUGUGUUUAGUCUUGGCUUCAGGAAGAAGCAACACUGUUUUUAAUAAUAUUUUCUUCAACUGUAAAAUAGGGUUCUCGGGUAAUUCAAAGGGGGUAUAUAGGUACCACACAACACCAGGAAUGUUUUAUAAUUUGCUUGAUACAAUGGAGAAAAGUGGAGUGGAUAGGUAUUCACCGCCAUGGAGUGUUCAAUUUCCAGAGUGGAGUAAAUUGCCUCUAACAUCAGAUGAGUUGAUGGAAGAACGGAAUUUACAUUGGCUAGUGAUGGAAAACACGGAUAUAUACUGUAAUGUGUUUUCUGGAAGUUAUAAUAUGGAUUACAGAUUUUUGGAAAAUUGUGACAAAUACAUCAGAAGAUUUGAGAUGAACACCAACUCAAGUCAAACAACCACUUUUUAUGAUUAUAAAAAUGGCGAUUUCAGAAUGAGGAAAAACAGCGAUAUUUAUAAAUACAAAUGUUGGAAGGAAAUAUCUUUAGAAAAUAUUGGUAUUAACAAAGAAGACAAAACUGUUGACAUUUUUGAAAUAUCAAGUAGUGUGGCUAUAUUGCUAUUGUUAAUUUUAUAG